AUGCUUGUCCGGAUCGAAGUGCACAUUGAUACGCUGUGCCCAUGGUGCUACGUACAGAAGAAGUGCCUCGAUGUCGUGCUGGAGAGGUUUCAGGAAAGGCAUCCUGGAAUGGAGUUUGAGGUGCUAUGGAGGCCUUUCUACCUUUACCCAUUGCUGCAAGGAGGUACCAAAAAGGAACUAUAUAAUAGCACGAAAGGCGCCAACAGCUUUGGUGCGAAUAGCCAGCGGAUCCAGACCGUGGCCGGUAGCUACGGCAUCGACAUCUGCCUCAUGGGUCGCACGGGCCCUUCGCGCAACUCGCACAAGCUCAUUGCGUUGGCGCUCCAGCAACGAGGGCCGUCAGCGCAGUCGCGCGUAGUCGAGGCCCUGUUUCUAGGUCAUUUUGGAGGCGAAGAGGACAUCACCGACGACGAGUGGCUCGUCACGGUGGGCACAACGCACGGUGGGCUGCAAGCGAGCGAUGUGAGGAGGGCGUUGAAGAGCGAAGAGGCGGGCGAAGAGAUCGACAACGAAGCACAGGCUGUGAGACUUGAGCGAGACGUCCGGGCUGUGCCCUGCGUAACAGUACAGGGCAAGUAUCGUGUCGGCGGGUACCAGGAAGAAGCUGUCUUUGACAAGCUUUUUGAGAGUAUCUGGGCCAAUGGUGGAAGUUGA